ACAAAAACCCUUUUAUCCAAAAAAAGGCAUCAUAGGACCCUCCCAACUUUGUCCACAAAAUGGGAACGCAAGUUUUUUGUAAAGACAACCUAGGCUUCUAUUCUAUAUUGUAUGGAAACAAGUUCUCUUUUUUUAUGUUUAGUGCAGAAAAACAACACAAGUGGGUGCUUAAAAAUAUGUGACAACUGACAAUUGAAUUGGAAGGAACCCUAAGGUCAAUUUGAAAUGUAUUCUCACCAAUUUCCCUUCUUAAAUAGGCGUCAAGUUUCAGGCUAAAAUAAUAAAAGACCGGUUUCUUCAUAUAUGGAUGUACCAUUAUACCCUUGUGUUAUCUUUUUGUUUAAAUAUCAAAUUAUUGUUCAAUGUUGUGGUUUGUGUGUGUAAGUGUGUAUAUAUAUACAGGCAUGACAGCAAAAGAGAAGAAGUGAACGUCAUGGAUUUAGAGACAAGUACACUAAAGAUUUUUCAAAAAGUGAUAUGGUGUUUCAUAGUGUUGAUCAGUCUUGGGUAUAUGAUGGUUUGGCUUAUGAUGCCUACAAACACUUUCUUUAUGCAUUGGUUACCUGAUAUUCAAGCUAAGGCAGAUCCAAUAUACUUUGGCAAACAAGGAACAACCAUACUCGUUUACACAUUUCCUAUUAUAUUUAUGGCAACUUUGGCUAGUUUAUACCAUCACAUGAUGCAAAAAGGUUCUAAUCAUGACAUUGAAAGCAGCAAGAUGGGAUUUUUAAGAAAGGCAUCAUGGAGAAAACCAUUGUUUGUAAAUGGUCAUCUUGGGAUCAUCUCCAGAACAGAGUUUUCUUUCAUAAUCAUGUUUGUUGUACUGUUAAUUUGGUCCUUGUGUUCCUACUUGCAUGGCAUGUUUGCAAAAGUGGCCCUACAAGCAGCUAAUGAGAGAGUGCAAAUGUGGGAAACCAAGCUGGAAAAUUCAGCACUUGCUCUAGGCCUUGUUGGGAAUAUUUGUUUAGCUUUUAUGUUUUUUCCAGUCUCAAGAGGGUCUUCAAUUUUGAGGUUCAUUGGCCUUACUUCAGAGGCAAGUAUCAAGUAUCAUAUAUGGCUAGGACAUAUUGCAAUGACCUUCUUCACAGCUCAUGGACUUUGUUAUGUAACUUUUUGGGACAAGACUCAUCAAAUCUCAGAGAUAUUUACAUGGAACAAAGUUGGAAUCUCAAAUGUGGCCGGAGUGGUAGCUCUGCUCGCUGGAUUAGCCAUGUGGGCUGCAACCUUCCCUGUUAUAAGGCGGAAGUUUUUCGAACUUUUUUUCUACAUUCAUCACUUGUACAUUGUUUUUGUAGUCUUCUAUGUGCUACAUGUGGGAUUUUCCUAUUCUUGCAUAAUGCUUCCAGGACUUUACCUUUUCUUGAUCGACCGAUAUCUAAGAUUCCUACAGUCCCAACAGAAAAUUCGGUUGGUUUCUGCUCGUGUUUUGCCUUGUGAAGCUGUUGAGCUGAAUUUCUCCAAAAACCCAGGGCUAUGCUAUGCUCCUACAAGUAUAAUUUUCAUAAAUGUUCCUAGUAUUUCCAAGUUGCAGUGGCACCCUUUUACAAUCACUUCCUGUAGUAAUACUGAUUAUGAUACCUUAAGCAUAGUCAUCAAAAGUUCAGGAAACUGGUCCCAUACUUUGUACCAAAAGCUAUCAACUUCGUCUUCUCCGGCCCACCUUGAUGUCUCCGUUGAAGGGCCCUAUGGACCGGCUUCAACAUUUUUCUCAAGGCAUGAAAUGCUAGUGAUGGUGAGUGGAGGAAGUGGCAUUACUCCUUUCAUCUCGAUAAUCCGUUCACUACUCUCUAAGGCCAACACUGAAGGGUGCAAAGCUCCCAGAGUUCUUCUUAUAUGUUCCUUCAAGAAGUCCAUUGAUCUUACCUUGAUAGACCUCCUCCUCCCUAUCUCAGGCACCGCCCUCGACACAUCGUGCUUGCAGCUUCAGAUAGAAGCCUAUGUAACAAGAGAGAAACAGACAGAAAUGAAUGACAGAAAGCUUCUUCAAACAUUAUGGUUCAAAUCAAAUGCAUUAGAUGAACCAAUUUCUAAAGUCUUUGGACAAAACAAUUGGCUCUAUCUUGGAAUUAUCAUCACAACUUCCUUUAUAUUAUUCCUUCUAAUUAUCGCCAUCUUAACUAGAUAUUACAUAUAUCCCAUUGACCAUAAUUCUGACCUGAUAUACCCUUAUUUCUCAAGGUCCAUACUAAGCAUGUUUUUCAUAUGUGUAUCUAUAGUUAUUGCAGCUACAUCUGUCUUUCUCUGGAACAAAAAACAGAACAAGGAUUUGAGGCAGAUUAAAAACACGUCGACUCCAAUAACUUCACCAGCCUCAGUAUACUACGAAACUGAAAGAGAAGUAGAGAGCUUGCCCCUCCAAUCCUUUACCCAACUAGCUAAAAUUCAUUAUGGUGAAAGGCCUGAUAUGAAGAAAAUACUUUCUAACUGUGAUGGAUCAUCAAGCAUUGGAGUUCUUGUCAGUGGCCCAAGGAAAAUGAGACAUGAAGUAGCAUCAAUUUGUAAAUCUUGUUCAACAGAUGACUUACAUUUUGAGUCCAUUAGCUUCAGCUGGUGAACUAUAAAGGCUCCAUGUAUUAUUUUGUUACAAGUACCCUUCUAAUCUAAGUAUGACAUUCAGGAUCACUAUGAUUACCAAAAUGACUAACUGUUUGUACAUGUUAUUGCAAAAUUGGUUACUUUUUACGAUGUAAUAGGAAGAUGAACUUAAUUAUAUGUUUUGUUUCAUUGUUCGUCAUA